AGAAUUUAGCAGCUGUGCAUGUUUUCGCUUUUUUUAUUCUGAAAGCUUGCACCAGGAAAAAUUCGCCGGAAGAUGAAUCGAAAGCUUCCUGUUGUACACUCCCCCUUACUCUUCUCUCCCCUCCAGUCGACCUCUCUCUCCAGGAAAGGCUGAUUUUUUUUGUGUUCCCCCCACAUCGUACUCUGUUUACCCGAUACGUGCGGGGUUAGCAGCGUCUUCUCUGAUGACUUUUCUUUUCUGUUUCCCUCUCUUUUUUCCGACGUCUUCUAUUUCCUUGUGCCACAACGUAGCGGAGCAAUUACCGCGAGAACAGAUACACGUGCGACACACUCAAGUGAGAAAAGAAAGAAGAAAACUAUGCAUAUUGGCGCUCAGCGGCUUCCAUACUUUAGUCUUUCUCUCCACACACCAGUAAGCGCCGGAGUACAAACACCAACAACGGCGGUCCGUUGAAAUGACGUCUACUACACGCCGCAUCAGCGUUACGUCCGAACAGCUGCAGAGUGACACCUUGCGUGCCCAACUCUUCAGUGCGUGCUGCGCAUACGGGCUCGUAGAGUGGCUCCGCUACGAUGAGGACCCCAACUACAACACGACAACGGUGCGCAUUCAGUUCCAGAAGCUGUCCAGCGCGGACCGACUUCGCAAUGACAUGCACCAACGCGGUCAGGCGUGGCAGGUGGAGAGUGAGGCUGCGACGCCGUGCGUCGGGUCGGACGUGCUGCUCAGCUCCUCUGAGGCUGUCACCUGUACGCGACUCAAAGCACUCGUCUCCACACUCCAGUGCACCGAACUAAGCGGUGCAGGCGGCAGCAGCGGGACCGCAAGCACGGCAGAGCCCACCCCCACCGCGUCCAUGGCCACCUUUGAAGAGAAAAGCUUUCUACUGCACGGACGUGGCACCACUACCCGCACCACCUCAUCGCGGGUUACGGCGGAGCAAGAGGUGGCCCUGUGGUCCGACUUUGAGCAGCAAGCUUCUGCCCUGCGUCACAGCUGCCUAGGCCCCUACUGUGCCGUGCUGCACCUCGCCUCUGCGCACGACGCGAAUGAAUUCCUCCUGCAGCAGCAGCUCGCGUUGGCGGAACGACACGGCGUGUAUGCGAUGCACGUCGGCACAACCGCGACGUCCCCUCUGGCGGCGGCGCUGCCAAAGAUGCUGGCUAGGCACGCUCUCUCCGACCGCCCCGUCGACGGCCGCGUUGUGCGUGGCUACGUCGUGGCCAUGCCAUCCAACACGUACUGCGCGGUGGACGCCGGGCUCUACCCCUCGGUGGAGCAGGCUGCCGCGUUUACCCUCGUGAACACGCACACGAACUUUCUGAGUGUCUCCCUCGGGGACGAGGUGCAGGUGCAGCUGUCCGCCGGCGGUGGUCUCAGCAUCGCAGGCGAGGGCAUGGUGGGCGGCAAGCUGCUCCGCGUCUUGGUCGCCUCGGUCUUUUCCACGCGGCGCUCCGUCGCAAAGGUGCAGCUCCCCUCGACAGCGGCGCGCACGCUGCGCACCUCCAACCUUGCGCGUGGCUUGCUGAACGUUGCGGCGACCCACCAGCAAAAUGCAAGGCCUCCCGCCCCGCCAAAUGUUGCUAAUGUGCUGCGGCGCAACACACCCACGACGACCGGUGUACGACCUUUAAGUGGAAAUGCAGCAAAAGCGCUGGCCAGCAAACUUUUCAAGCAUAUCCAGGAAAAGAAAAUGAGCGAGACGGACGGAGGUGGCGUGUCUGCGGAGCGCAUCUGCACCUACCCGGCGGGGCUCAGCGUGUACACGCGGCUGCUCGUGCGAGUCGAGAGGAUCGAGGAGGAUGGACUGCACGCCCGCUGCGUCGCAGACGCCGACAACUGCGGCUACACCGGCCCCGUUUUCAUCCCUGCCGACCUCGUUCCAUCGGACACCGUCACCACCUCCACAGCCACUUCUCCUGCUGGUGCAAGCAUUAGCGACACGAGAAGCAGCAUCAGCGGGAAGGGCUGGAAGUCGUACGCCGUGGUCGGCGAGCGGAUGCACGUGGCGCUGCUCUAUAUGGUCGCCGUGGGUGGGAGCGCCGCCACGAUGCGCGGUGUGGCCUCCAAGAAGGAGACGGACCUGCGGCGGGCAGCGGUGGCUGCGGCGCCGAGCCCCACCACGAUGGAGGCGAUGGAUGACGCCGACGGAUCGCCCUCCUCCUCGUCUUCGGUGAUGGCCGGCACCUCCGUCACGGCGGUCGCGAUGUUGCAGCUGUCGGAGGGGGACCUGGGCGUCCCGCCCUUCAGCGCGUACGCUCGCACGUUUCCGGCGUAUCUGCUGCGUGCAACGGGCGCCAACGCCUCGGCGGCGCUGCGCCAGACGCCGCUGGUGCUGCCCGUGGCGGACCUCGGCCCACUGGAUCCGUCCGCCCUCACCACUUCGCCCGCCACGCUCACUAUAUCAGAGGUUGUGAACGACGUGUCGCGUGGCCAGUACGCCAUCGUGGUGCCGUACUCGGUGUACGCCGCCCGCCAGGCGGAGCGAGCAGCGGCGCAGGAGCGUAAGAAGAAGGCCGAGGUGGACGAGGUGAAGCGCCGACUUGCCGCUGUCAUGGGCGACGAGAUUCUCGAGGUGCUAAACGAUGACGACAGUUCCGAUGCCAAGCGUCCACGCAUGGAGAAUUAG